AUGUUAGCCAUGAUGGAAAUCAACUUUCCCAACGUUCCCAGCAUGCAUCGACGCUAUCUCAUCUCUAGCGGCGACUCAAUGUCACUCAAACACUUGGAUGCCUUUGAAGACGAGCUCAGAACUACCCACGGUGAAGAGCAGGCGGGAACCUUUGACAAGCACAUCGUUGCGAGAGCCAGGAAGAUUCACCAAAGCCUACUGACGACGCCCUUCACUGCCUUGAUGUCGGUUGUCCAGAUCUUCCCCUUGCUCUUAUCCUCCCCUUUUAAAGGCGCGAGAAGCCGCCAACAGUUUCCAGACAUCAUCCUCACCAAUGGUCCAGCUACCGGUUUCAUCGUUGGAUUGGUGGCCUAUUUCCUCAAGGUGUUCUACGUCGUUCCGGAGGACGCCAUGCAGGUCCUCUACAUCGAGUCGUGGGCCAGAAUCCGCACCUUGAGUCUGACCGGGAAACUGUUCCACUAUACCGGGAUUGCCGAUAUCUUGUUGGUUCAACAUUAUCAAGUGGCCAAGACAUACGGUGUUACCAAUGCGGGUUGCAUGGUUGUAAAAAGGAAGAGAUGA